AAAACGGAAAUGUAAUUAAAAACGACGGGAAAAGGAAAGCGAAAUGCCGCAUUCACGUGGGAUAAGCGCGAUCGCGUUCUUUCAAGUUUUGUUGCUCGCGACUCCCUUCUCGAUCCGCACUAUUUUUGUCUUAGGCCUCUCUGAACAUUGCAGAUUGAUGACAAGUCUUCUGCAAGUUGUCAAUUCACUGUCCUGUUCGGAUAGCUUGUGAAUUUUUGCCAACUUUGAGCGAACUUGCUUGACCUUCUCCUGGUCGAUUCGUUUUUGGUUAUUUGCUUCGUGACUUCUUGUCAGAUCCGUCGACCAAAGUGGAUGAUUUUCCGAGAAGUGAAAUAAUGUGUUAUAUCUAAUUUCUGCUAGGAGAUUGACUUAAUCUUUACCUCAGACGGAUUUUAGAAUGGAAGUCGGAAUUUACAUGCUGAGAAAUUGGUCCUUUUCGUGAAGAUUGAAUCCGUUACGGGUUGAUGUGCCGGGGAAUUGUUUCAGGUUUUGUUUUGUUUUCGUAAUUGCGUUAGAAGCUAAAUUUGUAAGGAGUGUCUGGAGGAAACCAUGUUCUGGAGGGAACGCGAAAGGGAGAACAGCAGCCAGAGCGGCGGGCCGCCGUAUGGGCAGAUUAGAGUGCUCGUUGUUGGUGACUCAGGUGUUGGGAAGACUUCCUUAGUUCAUCUGAUCAUCAAAGGUUCUUCCAUUGCUCGCCCUCCUCAGACAAUAGGUUGUUCAGUUGGUGUGAAGCACACUUCUUAUGGAAACUCUGGCAGCUCUUCAAAUAAUCUUAAAGGUGAUUCUGAGAGAGGUUUCUUCAUUGAACUUUGGGACGUGUCUGGACAUGAUCGGUACAAAGAUUGCAGGUCUCUGUUUUAUGCACAACUUAACGGUGUAAUUUUUGUUCACGAUCUCUCACAGAGAAGAACAAAGGCUAGCUUACAGAAGUGGGCAGCUGAGAUUGCUGCAACCGGCACCUUUUCUGCCCCUUUGAGCUCUGGUGGUCCUGGUGGUCUUACUGUUCCCUAUAUUGUUAUUGGUAACAAGGUUGAUGUUGCUUUAAAAGAGGGUAGAAGAGUAAGCAGCGGGAAUCUUGUUGAUGUGGCCCGCCAAUGGGUUGAGAAGCAGGGUUUCCUUCCAUCAAGUGAGGAGAUUCCUCUGACUGAGAGUUUUCCUGGUAGCGGAGGGUUAGUUGCAGCUGCAAAAGAAGCAAGGUAUGACAAGGAAGCUGUGAUGAAAUUUUUUCAUAUGUUGAUCAGGAGGAGAUAUUUCUCAGAUGAAAUACCUGCACCAAGUGCCUGGUCCAUUUCUUCGGUUCCAAGACCUGCUCAGCGUAUAGAUGACGACGACAAUGUGAUUGAUGAAGAUGAUCAGUCUUCUAUUGCAAGUCAAAGGAGUGAUUCUUACAUGUACAACGUACGUCCACCCACUUGGGCUCCCGGUAAUCUUGCUCCACCCCCUUGGGCUUCGGGUAAUCUCGGUCUGCCACCCAUGCUUUACUCUCAACAGCCAGCUUCAAUAUCUGAAAGCUAUAGCCUCCCAAGAUUUUCUUUUUCUAGCUCCUCGGAGAGUGGGGCAGGCACUAGAACAAAGCGCUCAGAUAUUAAUAUCUGAGGACCUCUGCUUUGGGUAAUUGUUCAUUUGUUGAUGCACUGAUGUAUUGUUUUGCUUAGAAUGAAGUCAUAACUUGGUGCAAUGGCUUCACUAUUUUACCUGUAAGUGGCCAAUUGAUUCUUUCUUUUUUUUUUUUUUAGAGGCUUUAUCAAUACAAAGGGUGUUUCGGGAAGCAUCUAUAGUUAAGAUCGAUUCUUCUGUAUUUAAAAUUUAGUUUAUCUCUUCAGAGUUUCAGCAGUACAUUUUCUGUAAAUGUAAAGGAAUUUCCUAGUUGAUAGAAGCUUAUAUAUACAGUUUUUUUUUUUUUUUUUGAAUGAAACAGGAAGACAA